AUGAUCAUUACAGGUCAUUGGAUUGAUGAAAGUUGGCAAUUACAGAAGCGUGUACUUGACUUUGUUCACAUUCCUCCUCCACGUCGAGGUCUUGAAAUUGCGAAUGUCAUUUGGCACUGCUUGGAGGAUUGGGGUAUUGAUGGUAAGAUCCACACCAUAUCUGUAGAUAAUGCGUCUGCCAAUGAUUCAACUAUUGAAAAUCUGAAGAUUUAUGUGAAAAACAAAAGAAGACUACUUUGUGAGGGAAAACUAUUCCACGUAAGAUGUUGCGCCCAUAUACUUAAUCUCAUUACUCAAGAUGGACUUUUUGAGAUUAAAGAUAUUGUUGAUGUUAUACGUGAUAGUGUAGAGUGGAACUCAACAUAUGAAAUGUUGGCUGCUGCAAUCAAAUUCAAAGAUGUCUUCCCAAGGCUUGCUUAUCGGGAACCACAUUAUGAUAUUUGUCCAAGUGCAGAGAAUUGGACAAAAACAGAGAAAGUAUGCUCGGUAUUAGAGCUAUUUUGGACAGCUAUGCACAUUGUUUUCGGACGUGAUUAUCCUACUUCAAAUUUGUUCCAUAAUGAGAACAUGGUUGCAAGAAUGAAGAACAAGUUUGACAAGUAUUGGGGAGAUACUAAUUUGCUGAUGCCUAUAGCAGCUGCUUUGGAUCCAAGGUGUAAGUUGAGAGCGCUUGAAUUCUGCUUUCCAAGAUUAUAUUUUUCAGAAAAUGUUGAGAGACAAAUUACUAUUAUUCGGAAGACAUUAUAUGAGCUCUAUUCUGAGUAUGUGGCUAUUUCUAACAUUGAAGACAAGUCAAUUGGAGAAGGACAAAGAAACAAACUAUCGAAUCGAGAUCUUGCAAAUGUUGAAACUCAAAGUGGCUGGUCUGAGUAUGCUGAAUAUCUGAAGUCAGUGGAAUCUAUUCAGCCUCAAAAGAUAUUUUAG